GAAAAAAUGGAGUGGCAGGAAUGCUUACUAAAGACAUUCCAGACUUAUUUGUGCAAGGAUGCUUAUGCCAUCUUUUAAAUUUGGCAGCUGAAAGAGGGGCAAAGUGCUUGCCAAUAAAUAUCGAAGAAUAUAUUGUGGAUAUAUUUUUUUAUUUGGAAAAAAGUGUUAAGCGCCAAGAAAUUCCAAGAAUUACAUAGUACGGAGGUACGUAAAAUAUUGAAACAUGUAGGUACUCGAUGGUUAUCUGUUGGACGUUGUCUGUCCAGAGUUUUACAGCAAUGGGAGCCGCUAACUUCUUUUUUUAAAGAAGAAGUGAAGAGCACUCCAAGUGUUGCCCUUCCCAAUUAUGUCAUUCCAAAGAAGAAGAGUAACCUCUCUCACAAUGAAGCAAGAAAGAUAAUAAAAAAAAGAGAAGAUGACAACGUUAUGCCUCCUCCAUCAAAAAAACCAAAGGUAGAGGACUUUUCAGCAAAGAAUGAAAUUCUUUCCAGAGAAGAAAGAAUCUUCAUGUUUUUGUCUUCAGACCUAAAUAAAGCCUUUGUACACUUCUUGCUAUUUAUAGUUCCUCUAUUUGAAAACCUAAAUUUGCAAUUGCAGAGUAACAUUCCCAAAAUUCAUGUCAUGGGGCAGUUAAUGAAUAACCUUUUCAAGGAUAUUUUAUCUAAAUUUAUGCUACCCAAUAUAGUAAAAAGUCAAUCCAAAAGCUCUUUAUUGGAUGUCAACUUUUAUCUUCGAGAGAACCAGAAAGAUGAUUGUGACCUAGUAAUUGGACAUUCCACUUUAUCUAUUGUUGAGACUUUGAAAGGAAAAGACAAAGAUUCUUUUUAUUGCGAUGUUAGGAAAUAUUUUGUAAAGGUUUGUGACUACAUGCGACAAAAAUUUCCUUAUAAUGAUGAGGUCGUUAUUAAUGCAGAAGUUGCAAAUCUAGACAAUGUGGAAACUACAUCUUUUUCCAGCAUUAGAUUUUUUAUUAAUAGAUUUCCUCAGUUGUUGCAAAUCUUAGGGGGUGAUAAAGAUUCAGUGUUGGACAGUUUGCAGUCCCAAUUUAGCUCUUUGCAACUAGAAUCUAUUGAUUGUGUUCAGUCUGAAGAGCGGAUGGAUUCUAAAUGGGCAAAAUUAUCUGUUGUAUUUGAAAAUAAAUAUGCUAUGUUGUCUAAAUUUAUGCUAUCAAUUUUGGCAAUUCCCCAUAGCAAUGCUGAGUGUGAGCGCAUUUUCAGUUUAGUAACCAAAGCUCACACACAGUUUAGAUCUUCAAUGUCAGUAAAAAACUUGGAAAACUUAAUCACUGUUAAAUCUAGAAUUUCUGAACCCUGUUAUAAGCAGAAGUUUNCAUACCUUUUAUCUGAUUCUAUUUACAAACUUAUACCAUUUUAUCAGUUAUAA